UCCCACUCGCGCAGCGAGGUUCUGCGCGGGCCGCAUUGUCCGCCGCACUCGCAGCUCCCGACCGCCGGCCUCGUCCCGCGCCACCGCUCCCCGCGCGUCCCAGGGCCCCGCGCCGAGCGCCGGCCGCGGGAUUCUGACUCGGAAAGGGGGCGCGCCCGGGCGCCGCGGCGGGCCUCCUACGCCUCGGGUCCCGCGCGGAGCAGCCGCGGCAGCAGAAGAGGACUUUCAAGAUUUCUCCAGCUGGAUUAACCAGACCUUCUGGUUUCCAUAGUCUGAGUGGGGAUGUAGAGUCUGUGCCUACCAUACCACCCAGAGAACUAGCAAUUUAAACGUCACCCAGGAAUAUUAGAAGUGACUCUCUUUAGGGGAAGGGACCCCGUCCCACCUCAUCAUGUCUCGGCGAAGCCAGCGCCUCUCGCGCUACUCCCAGGGUGAUGACGACGGCAGCAGCAGCAGUGGUGGGAGCUCAGUGAUGGGGAGUCAGAGCACCCUGUUUAAAGACAGUCCUCUCAGGACUCUGAAGAGGAAAUCCAGCAACACGAAGCGCCUCUCCCCAACGCCACAGCUGGACCCCCCCUCCGACACGCACACCUCCUACUACAGCGAGUCCGUGGUCAGGGAGUCCUACUAUGGUAGCCCCCGAGCCGUCAGCCUCGCCCGGAGCUCCAUCCUCGAUGACCAGCGGCAUAGUGACCCCUACUGGAGUGACGAUCUGCGGGUGAGGAGGAGGAGAGGCACCGGUGGCACCGAGAGCAGCAAAAUCAACGGGCUGGUGGAGACCAAGCUGUCGGAGGACUUCCUCGGGUCUUCCUCGGGCUACUCGUCUGAGGAUGACUAUGUAGGCUACUCGGAAACGGACCAGUGGAGUUCAGGUUCACGGCUGAGGAACACUGUGUCUCGGGCCGGCUCUUUGUUCUGGACGGUGUUCACUUUUCCAGCCCGGCUCUGUGGACUUCUCUACUGGUGGGUCGGCACCACUUGGUAUCGCCUGACGACAGCUGCCUCCCUCCUUGAUGUCUUCGUUUUAACCAGGCGCUUCUCGUCCCUGAAGACCUUCCUGUGGUUCCUCUUACUGCUGCUGCUCCUGACUGGCCUGACCUAUGGUGCUUGGUAUUUCUACCCCUAUGGGCUGCAGACAUUCCAACCCGCCGUGCUUUCCUGGUGGGCAGCAAAGGGCAGUGGCCGGCAGCAUGAAGCAUGGGAGUCCAGAGACGCGUCCCCACAUUUCCAGGCUGAGCAGCGCAUUCUGUCCAGGGUACACUCUCUGGAACGGCGCCUGGAAGCUCUUGCUGCCGAAUUUUCCUCCAAUUGGCAGAAGGAGGCCAUGAGGCUGGAACGCUUGGAGCUGCGGCAAGGGGCCGCUGGCCAGGGCGGCGGGGGCAGCCUGAGCCAUGACGACACCCUGGCGCUCCUGGAGGGGCUGGUGAGCCGCCGCGAGGCUGCCCUGAAGGAGGGUUUCCGCAGGGACACUGCUGCCCAGAUCCAGGAGGAACUGGUCACCCUGAGAGCAGAGCAUCAACAAGACUCAGAAGACCUCUUCAAGAAGAUUGUCCAGGCCUCCCAGGAGUCUGAGGCCCGACUCCAGCAGCUGAAGUCCGAGUGGCACAGGAUGACCCAGGAGUCAUUCCGGGAGAGCUCCAUGAAGGAGCUGGGGCGGCUGGAGGGCCAGCUGGCAGGCCUGCGGCAGGAGCUGGCAGCGCUGGCUGUGAAGCAGAACUCGGUGGCGGACCAAGUGGGCCUGCUGCCCCAGCAGCUCCAGGCCGUGCGGGACGACGUGGAGUCUCAGUUCCCUGCCUGGGUCAGUCAGUUCCUUCUCCGAGGUGGGGGGGCCCACACUGGGCUCCUUCAGCGAGAGGAGAUGCAAGCGCAGCUGCAGGAGCUGGAGAGCAAGAUCCUCACGCACGUGGCCGAGAUGCAGGGCAAGUCAGCAAGGGAGGCCGUGGCCAGCCUGGGGCUGAAGCUGCAGAAGGAAGGCGUGGUCGGGGUGACAGAGGAGGAUGUGCGCCACAUUGUGAGCCAGGCCCUGAAGCGCUACAGUGAGGAUCGCAUCGGGAUGGUGGACUACGCGCUGGAAUCGGGAGGGGCCAGUGUUAUCAGUACCCGAUGUUCUGAAACCUACGAGACCAAGACAGCCCUCCUCAGCCUGUUCGGCAUCCCCCUGUGGUACCACUCCCAGUCGCCUCGAGUGAUCCUGCAGCCAGACGUGCAUCCAGGCAACUGCUGGGCCUUCCAGGGGCCCCAGGGCUUUGCCGUGGUUCGCCUUUCUGCCCGCAUCCGCCCCACUGCUGUCACCUUAGAGCACGUGCCCAAGGCCUUGUCACCCAACAGCACCAUCUCCAGUGCCCCCAAGGACUUCGCCGUCUUUGGGUUUGAUGAAGACCUGCAGCAGCAGGGGACACUUCUGGGCCAGUUCACCUACGACCAGGAUGGGGAACCCAUUCAGACGUUUUAUUUUCAGGACCCUAAGGCCUCGUACCAGGUCGUGGAGCUGCGGGUCCUGACCAACUGGGGCCACCCGGAGUACACCUGCGUCUACCGCUUCCGGGUGCAUGGGGAGCCUGCCCAGUAGGCCUUCUCUGUGCUGCUGCCAGCCAGCUGGGCGGCCAGCCCCGCAGCGCGCGCCCCCUUCUCGAGUGGGAGAGCAGCACCCUUGCCAUUUCCCCCACCCGCUUGAUCAGCUCACUUACUUCCAGGAGCAAGAAGCCCUGGCCCAGUGGAGAGAAUGUGCAGGGCUUUCCUGGCAGGCUCCAGCGUCUUGAUUCUUCGCUGUCCUCGUGCCAGGCACCGGGCAUCUACUUCCCCCUCCUGGGGGCGGGGUGUAUAUAUGUAGCAUAUCAUUCAGGAUAGGCAGGAGGGGUGAUGAGCGAACCUGUUCCAGCAGCCUGCCUGCCCCUUGCCCUUGGUGGAGGGGUUGACACCUAGGAAGCUGUUGGGAGGUGUGUGAAUGAUACACGUGCCAAAGCCAUGGAUGGGACAAGCUAAGGCCUGAGGCAGGGAAGUGAGGCCCUCUGGAGGGUGCUCACUGCACAGGUUGGGACUGGACAGCCAGCAGGCAGGAAGCUCCUGGUAGAGGGUAGCUGGGCUCUUCCAGAAGCCAGUGCCAUCAACCUGUAGGGUCCUUGAAGGGAUUCUGUCUUUGUCCUGGGCCAAGGUGGGCUAUGGGGCUUCUCGCCCUAGAGCAGGAGUGUCCAAACUUUUUUCAACGUUUUUCACCAAGGGCCAUAUCCGGUAAAAUACACAAACAGCCAGGCCACUCACUCGAGGUGAUUUUAACUAAAUAUACUUUUGGAAUUUGCUGCAGGCCAAUAAAAAAUGGAUGUGGCCCGCGGGCCGCAGUUUGGACACCCCUGCCCUAGAGGGUCCGGUUCCUGUGAGCCUGGGGGCCGGCCCCGUAGGAUCCCAUGCUGGGGAUACUCGUUGCUUUUCCUCUUCUGAUGCUGGGAUUGGGGCGUGCCUGUGCCCCAGAGCAAGCCUGCCACAUUCCCCCAGGGUGCAGGGACCGCAGACCUGUCCCUUGAGGCCAUAAGCAUCCUGGGCCAGCUAAAAGGGUGGGAGCAGGGGACUCCCUUGGUUGUCCUGGUGGCCCAGUGAUGACAGUGAUAUUCAGGGUGUCGUGAUGGAAGGAAGUCUGUCUGCACUGUGGGCCUUGCCCCACCUUCAUCACAAUCAGGUCCCUGAUGUAAGGGGCCGCAGCCGCCCCUUUGGGGCUCCUUUCAGCUCUUGCUCAAUGCUGUUUCCUUUCUUGCUUUUUUUCUAUGGGGGGUUGGGUAGGAGGGGGCCUGAGGCAGGGGCUUUUUGACCCAGCAGGCCCUGCUGUAUUAUGUAAAUAUUUUUCAAGGUCUGUUUUUUAACUGAAAAGCUAAGGGCUUGAUUCUUAGCCCCGUUCUGUGGGGCAUUGGGUGAUUUCAGUUUCUUGUAAUCCGGCUGCCAAGAGGGGCUGCCAUGUAGGCAGGCGCCCUUAGGAACAGGGCAGGCCGAGUGGGCUCCCGCAGGAUGCUGGAAUGAAGGGGAGACCCCAGGCUGUCCUGGGGUCCUCCAGCACUGGCCCCUGCACAGCUUCUGCCCCCAACCAGGUUUCAUUUUGUGCUCUUUUGUCACAAAUGCUGCACUAUUGGGUUCUUAAUUUUUUAUCUCGAUUCUAAUUUAUGCCUAUGCAAAAAAUAAAUCGUGCCCAGGACU